AUGCAGUCAUUCAACGCAAUAGCCCGUCGGCUGAUAACCAGCCGCAACGCCCCAAAUCCUCUCAGACGGCAACUCCGCCUACAAUCUCCACUGUCAAAACCCUCCUUCACGUCCAGAGCGCUUCUGACGACUCGUUACCCUUCCUCAUCCUUCAAGCGACACAACUCUUCUCUCACCGUCCCUGGAGGACAGGCCCAGGCGCAACCAUCAAACGAUGCGCCAGCAUAUCAUCUCAGCUUCACUUGCAAGCCUUGCCUACACCGGUCGACACAUCGCAUCACCAAGCAAGGUUACCACUAUGGCACGGUGCUGGUGACUUGCCCUUCGUGCAAGAAUCGCCACGUAAUAGCAGAUCAUCUGAAAGUCUUUCUUGACACCAGCAAGACGUUAGAAGACAUCCUCAAAGAGAAAUUGGAAGCCGGGGAAGACUUCACCAAACUACUGAAGAAAGGGAAAUUGGGCAUCCGUCCUGGUGCUUUGGUUGGAAACGAGGGCGAGGAAGACCUAGAAUUCUGGGAAGAUGGCUCAGAAACCCAGCAUAAACCUUUGGUCAACGAAGCAUCUCCAACAGGAAAACCAUCUGCAACUGACGACCAGAUAUACAACCCAAGAUAUAAGAAGACAUGA